AUAACGAAUGUGGUGAAUAAAGAAAUAAUUGGUGUGGUGGAGAUGGUCGGGGCGUCUCUCCCACAAAAGCUUGAAAUACACAUAGAGGGUAAGGGCAGUGGGAUUUGUUUGGCAUGCCCCUCAUCAUUCACAUCAAAACCCUCAUUACCCAUUACCAACAAACAAUUGCUUUGAUUUCUGUGACUACCAAUUCUUUCAAAUUCUUCUGUUAUCUCUGUCCAAACACUUGCUCCCUAUAUAUAUACGGCGCCACUAUAUGCCAAAAGGCUAAUCAACAACAUUGUGUUUGAGGGCAAAAGAAGACUUAACCAAGUUGUUGAAGCUGGAUCAGAUCAUCUGCUUUUCAAACUUCAUGACACUCUUCCUGGUGGCGAGAUACAUAUAUACACAACAAGAAUAUUGGUUGUGAGAAGGCGAAACAAAAAUCUUAGGUUGCAAGAAUCAGAUUGUAUGAAUUUUUAAUGGAGAGGCUUCUGAAUCAGUACGACAAGGAAUACAUGAAGAUGGCCAUGCUCAAGCACGAGGAAACAUUUCGAGAGCAGGUUUACGAGCUCCAUCGCCUGUAUCGAAUACAGAAAAUGUUGAUGAAGGACAUCGCCAAAAACGCGCGAAUCGAUCGGGCUUACAAGGGGCCCGAAUCGAGGGCGGAUCGGGCCGUGGAAUCGGUUGGAAAAUGUGGAGAUGGGGAAACGGAAUGCGAUGAUCAGAGCGAUCUGGAGCUGACUUUGGGGCCGAGAAGCUUCUACGAGAAGAAAGGCGAGGGCCGGUGGGAUAAGGCCGGGCCGAGAGGGCCGCCGUUGAAAUGGGGGCCCGAAACCCCGGUUUCCAAUCAGGAUAGGUUAAAUAGCCCACCUUGGUUAUUUCAGGCCCUCAGCCUAAAUAUGACGUCAUGAUAUUUUCACUGCUCAAUCUUUGAUUGUAAUUGGAUUUCAAUUUUUAGAAAUCUUCUUUACUUCUCA